AUGAAUUUGUUAAGAAAAAAAGUUAAAAAUGAAAAAAGUUUAUCAACAUUAUUAAUAAAUGAAGAAGAAAACAAAAAUAUUGAAAUGACAACAUUGAAGGAUAAGAAAGAAAUGAAGAAUGAAAAUUUAAGUAAAAUAAAUGUAAAAAAGGAAAAUCACGAUAAAAAUCACGAUAAAAAUCACGAUAAAAAUCACGAUAAAAAUCAUGAUAAAAAUCACGAUAAAAAUCACGAUAAAAAUCACGAUAAAAAUCAUGAUAAAAAUCACGAUAAAAAUCACGUUAAAAAUAAUGUUGAAUAUUAUAAUGAUGUAUUUACCCAUUUAUAUAAUUGUGAUGAUGGUGGAGAAGAACCAAAAGAAUAUUCUCACAAAAAAAAACAGGUAAAUAAUAAAAAGAAAUGGAAGAAACAAUAUAAAGCUGUCAAACUAUAUAUGAACAUGUUUUUAAAUAAUUAUAAAUUAAAAAAAGGAAAAGGGAAUUGUAAGAAUUUAUCAUCUGUAAAAAAAAGAAGAAAGAAGAAAAAAAUUAUACAAAAUGAUUAUAUACGAAUUAUAAAUGCUGAAAAAGAAUAUGUACAAAAAUAUCACGAAGAUAAAAUCUUUUUAGAUAAUAUAAAAAAUGUUUCUUCGUGUGAACUAAUAAAAGAUUGUUCAUAUUCUGUUUUUUUUUAUAAUCUAUUUAUUAAGGGAUUGUAUUUAAAUAAGCAAAAUUUAGAACAUGCUACCGAAAAGGAACAUAUACAAAAAAAUAUUACAAAAAAUAUUACAAAAAAUGAACUACAUAUAAAUAAAACAUCUGAACAUGUGUCAAACAUUACAAAAUUAAAAAAAAAUUACAACAAACAUAAUGUUAUAUUAUUCAAAGGAAAAUAUACAAGACAGCUGAUAUGUGAUUAUUUAAAAUUUUUAUUAAACAGUAUACAAAAUGAGCAUACCAUUAAAGCGCAUUUUUAUAUCCUGGAUUAUGUAAAUGAUUUGGAAAAUAAGAAAAAAGAAAUGGCGAAAAAAAUUAAAAUGGAAUCAUUUAUUUUUACCAAUUCUAAUGAAGAAGAUAAAUUAUGUAAGGAUAUAAUUUUGAAUUGUAAUAUAUUAAACGAACAAAAAGAAGAUGAUAAUAAAAGUGAUAAUCCUCUUUAUAGUAAUAAUAAUACGUUAAAGGAACAAAACACAUCAACACCCUUACCUUCACAUGAAAUACAAACCGAAAGUAUGAACUCCCCAAAUUUAUUAAAUGUAAAAAAUAUGAACCAAACAAAAGAUGAUAAUGGAUGUACGAAGGAGGAAAUAAUAAAAAGUAACAAUUUGAUGAAAACAUAUGAUAUAAAAAUAAAUGAACAUAUUUAUAAUAAAAUAUUAAAUAAUUUUAUAAGUGAAUUGAAAAGCUUUUUUUUUUCCAUAUUGGAAAAGAUAAGAAGUUCCAAACUUUUAUUAAGAUUUAUUGUAACUUUGUCAGAAAUAUGUUUAAUAUUAACACCUCAUUAUGUUAAUAUAAUAAAUUUUAUAGAAAUAUUAUGUGACUUUGGACAUAUAAUACCUAUACAUUAUAUAUCACAUUUUAUACAUUUUUUUCAAUGUAAUAAAAAUAUAUUUAUUCAAAAAUAUAAAGAAUUUCAACAUUGUAUUAUUAAUAAUGAUCCAAUAAAAAUACAGUCAGUAGGUGCUAGGCUUAUCGGUUUUAUAAAAAUUCUACAGAAAAAAAUUCAUCUUAAUAAUAAUGAGCAAUCCAUGUAUUCUUUUUUUCUGAAUUUAUUAUUAUCAGAGUGUUUACCCAUAAAUCAUUUAGGCUUUUGUAAUAGGCAAUCAGCAAAAAAUAAUUUUCAUUAUUUUUUUCAGGAGAGUCUAGAUUGUUGUUACAAAAAAUUUAAAGAGGAACAAAUACUCUACGACAACUUUGAAUUAAAUAUUCAAAAUAAUAUUAAAAAUUAUAAAAAAAUUAAAACAAUAAUUGAGCACGAAAUAGAGCUAAAUUCUGAUAAAUAUCUAAUAAAAGAGGAAGACGAAAAUUUUAUUAGUGCAAAAAAUGUUAUAUCUGAUGAACAAGAUGGAGAAGAUACCUUGUAUAAAAAGAGGAAAAGGGAAGAGUUUAAGGAAACAUCCUUAACAAAAAAAAAACAAAAAAAAAAAAACGAUGAAAUAAAAAAAACUGGUGAGGAAAAAAAAAAAACUGGUGAGGAAAAAAAAAAAACUGGUGAGGAAAAAAAAAAAACUGGUGAGGAAAAAAAAAAAACUGGUGAGGAAAAAAAAAAAACUGGUGAGGAAAAAAAAAAAACUGGUGAGGAAAAAAAAAAAACUGGUGAGGAAAAAAAAAAAACUGGUGAGGAAAAAAAAUUAACAAAUGACGUAACACAUUUAACAAAUGAUGUAACACAUUUAACAAAUGACGUAACACAUUUAACAAAUGAUGUAACACAUUUAACAAAUGAUGUAACACAUUUAACAAAUGACGUAACACAUUUAACAAAUGAUGUAACACAUUUAACAAAUGACGUAACACAUUUAACAAAUGAUGUAACACAUUUAACAAAUGACGUAACACAUUUAACAAAUGAUGUAACACAUUUAACAAAUGACGUAACACAUUUAACAAAUGAAAAAUAUAUAGAAGAAAAGGAUACUAAGGAAAUGUAUUUAUCAUACAUGUCCUUUAUUUCUCUUGUGGCGUUUAUAAAAUAUCCAGAAAUAAUUACACAGGACAACAUCAUUUUAGUAGAGGAUGUAUAUAAUUCCUUCAAAACGUUUUUGAAUUAUAUAAAUAGUUUAGAAAAAGAAAAAAAAGAAAAUUUUAAACGUACCAAAAAAUAUAUGAAUAUGAUAAAAGCAUAUUUGUUUAAUGACCAUAUAGAUAUCUUGGCAAAUGUUCAUAUUUUUAAAGUACUGGUAUAUGAUGAAAAUUUUUUAAGGGUUUUAUUUUUUAAUAUCUUGGUGGUAUUGAAUUAUUUAAAUAGGGAACUUCAAAUAUGUGUUAAAGACGACAAUGAAUUGGAUAAUAAUAACAACAAAAAUAAUAAUAACAACAAAAAUAAUAAUAACAACAAAAAUAAUAAUAACAACAAUAAUAAUAACAACAAUAAUAAUAACAAUAAUGACAAUGGUGUAAAAAAGAACGAUCCAGCUAUUAUAUCUCCAAGAUCUUCUUUUCUCUUCUUUGUAGAGUAUGAUAAAAAUGAUGACCAUGAAUUGGGGGACCCAGAAAAAAUUAAUAAUCACUUGAAUGGUCUCAUGACAAGAGGUCAUCAAAAAAGUAUAAGAGAAAAUAUUAAAAAUAAAGAAAGCGGGAAGAGCAGCAUACUGACAACAGGUACAAGCAACAAUAACAACAAUGUUAAUAAUAUGAACAAUAAUAUGAACAAUAAUAUGAACAAUAAUAUGAACAAUCAUAUGAACAGUAAUAAUAAUGUGGUAGAUAGUAAUAGUACUAAUUUUAAAGAAAAUGUAAAAAAUAAAGAUAACAGCAAUAAUCGAAAUAUGUCCGUAAAUCAAAAUAUUCUUCACAACAAAACAAAAGAUAUAAAAUUUUGUAAAGAAAAUGAUGAUAAAUUUGUAAUAAAGGAAAAAAUUAAAAAAAUUAUGUUCACUUUUGUUAAAGAAUUAUUAAAUUAUUUAGACGGAUUUAUAAAUAGUAAUCAUAAUUUUAUGUUGGCAAAGGAAUAUUCUUGGUAUGUAUGGAAAAAACAAUUAAAUGUUGCAAAAUAUAAUAAAGAUGAUUAUGAUAUAUCCUUUAAAUUUAAAUGUAUUGAUGAAAACAUCAAGGAACAAAAUUAUGACAUAAACCAAACAACAAAUAAUAACACAUAUAAUAAUCAAACAAGUAAUCAUAUGAAUGAGAAUCUUCAUACCGAUGAAUCUUCCAAAUCUAAUAAUAAUCAAGACAAAACUGUAUAUACAAAUGAAGUGUCCUAUCUACCAAACAUUCCAAAAAAAAAUAAAAAAACAGAUAAUCAAUCACCUGUACAAACGCUUAUAAAUAUCAUACAAAACUUUGAACUCCUAAACAAAAAAAUGAAACCAUUUUAUUGUAAUAAUAAAAAUAAAAACAAGAACAAAAACAAAAACAAAAACAAAAAUAUGGAACAAAUAAAUAAUAAGGAUAUAACAAUGAAUUUAUGUAAUAAUAAUAAUAAUAUAAUACAUAAUAAGGAACAGGAUAAUAUUCAACAACAUGAUGAUAAUAAUAUUAUUAAUACUAAUAAUGACCAGUCGUCAUAUAAUAAUGAUAUAUUCCAUAUAAAUAACUUCUUAUUAGAAAUUAAUAAAAUAUAUUUAAGAAGAGAAGCAGAAUUCUGGGAACUAGAUGAAAGUGAUUCAUUAACGGACGAAAAAAAAAAUGAUAGUAAUAAAAAAAUUCUUAUUGAAAAACUUAUAGAUAAAUUAGAUGAUUAUAAAAAAAAAAUAAAUAUUGACAAUGAUCCAAUAAAUGAAAUAGAAGAAAAUGAAAAAAGUAAAAAUAACCCAGUAUUCAAAUUUAGGUUAUCCAAACUUUUUAUUUUAAAAUAUAUAGAUCUUUAUACAAUCGUUAAAAAUAAAGAAUUCACAACUGAUUGCGAUUUUCUUUAUAAUCUUAUGAUACAGAUGGACAAAAAUGUUGAAAAAAAAAAAAGUCUCCUCAACAAAGGUGUAGUAGAAAAUGACGAAGAUAUAAAUGUGGAACAUCAUAUAAACAUGGAAGAUGAAAAAAAUGAAAAAUUAAAUGAUAAGGAAGGAGAAUACGAAGAUGUAACAGAGAACCUUAACGAACAAGAAGCAGAAGAAGAAGCAGAAGAAGAAGCAGAAGAAGAGGAAGAGGAAGAGGACAAAUUUUUAACACCUGAACAUCUUCCUAUAAAUGUCGAAAUAAAAUGA